AUGGUCGGUAUCUUUUGCUUAUUAAUUCCAUUUGUUUUUGCUCUUGACCCAACUCGAGUGAAAUAUGCCAUAAAUUGCGGCGGCGGCCAAAUAACAUCCUCUGACGGUAUUAUGUAUCAAAAAGACACAGGUUUUUCCUCAGGAGUCUCAAAUGACGCUGGGUCUGAAUUAAAGGUAAAAAUGACAAAAUCUCCAGAGCUUUAUCAAACAGAAAGGUAUGAUACCCAAGACUUCAGCUACUCAAUCCCAAUUGAAGAGCCAGGAAACUACGUUUUAAUUCUCAAAUUUUCAGAAAUUUAUUUUAACAGCGAAGGCCAAAAAAAAUUUUUCAUAAAAAUUGGGGACACUUUUGUCGUGAAAGACUUAGACAUAUAUGCCAAGGUUGGGAAAAAUGCCGCUUAUGACGAAUUUAUUAAAUUUAAAUAUGAAGGAGAAAAAAUAUUGAUAAAUGGAAAAGAGUCAAAAAAUUCAGUACAAAAUGGAAAAAUAAAGGUGGAGUUUGUGAAGGGGGAGAAGGAUAACCCGAAAAUCAAUGCAAUUGUGUUGGUUAAAGGGGAGCUAACGGAUACAGAUUAUUAUAGCUUAAGGCCCCUUAUAGAUUCUUUAGCAGUAGUACUUAUGUUUAUUGAAUAGGCUAAUUAAAAAUUGGUAAAUAUGAGCUAUAAUUUGUACUUACCAAUUUUAAAUUGUAUUUGCCAGAAAAAUUGACAUUUCGCGGCCUAUUCAAUAGGCAAAGGUAUUGCUCCUAAGCGAGCAGAAAUGGGCUGGAGCUAUAUGUACAGACUGAGAGGAUUAAGAAAAUACAGGAGCUGAAGGAGUUAAGUCGCAAAAAGCCAAUUAAGGUUGAGAGAAAAGAGGAGUUUGAUCAAUAUGACUAUGAAGCUGUUGAGCAGAAUGUAAUAGAGCGCGAUGAAGACUCUUUACUUAAUGUCAUAUUGUCAACUCCUGGGCUGGUUUUGAUAGCAAUUGUGUCGAGUUUGACUUAUUUUGCAUGCAAAAGUACAACUAAAAAUCGGCAUCCUAAAUUUUAA